GAGGAAGUGAACAAACACAGGAAGAGCUGAUAGUAUUCAAAGAAAGAGUUUUGAUCAUAUAAUAAAGAGAAAGACUGAGAGAAAGAGAAAAUGCCUGAUGAGUGUCAUCUGUGUCUGCUGGGACUGAUCUUUCUCUCUUCACUUCUCACAGGUAUCAGUGGAGUGGAUGAUGCUCAUGUGUUCAUCAGUUCUGGUGAAGAUGUCCGUCUGUCCUGUAAAAAUGCUCUUCAUGACUGUACAUCAACUACAUGGCUCUAUAAUGGAUUCAGUCAUUCAGCAGCAGUUGAACUGAUUGGUUUAGGGAGAAAGAAAGACACAGAGAGUCAUGAGAGACUGAGUCUGGGGUCUGACUGCUCUCUGAACAUCAGGAACAUCUCAACAGAAGAUCAUGGAUCUUACAUCUGCCAACAAUGGACUGGUGUGGGUGGACCACGACUAAGACCUGAUGCUCAUGUUUAUCUGCAUGUUCUUCAUGUCUCAUCCUCACACACUGAGAUCAGUGCAGGUCUCUCUGUGACUCUCUUCUGUCAGCUGUAUUCAUAUCCUCGAGUCUCUUGUGGUGAUUCGGUCAGUUCUGAGAGAAUUGAUCUGUUCUGGGUGAAUCAGGCUGGUGUUAAACUGACGAGAUCAGACUCCAGAUAUCAGAUAUCAUCCUCAUCAGAUCCCUGUAUCAUCUCUCUGAAUACAACACUCCUGAAUGAAGAUCACAACAGAGAGUGGAGAUGUGAAGUUACUCACAGAGAUCAAGUCAAGAGCUCAGUCACAUACACUGUCAAGAGUUCAGUUCAAGCUGAUUCAACGACAGCAGGGAUUACUACUCAAGUGAUUAUGAUUGUUGUCGGCGCUUCAUUCAUUCUUCUCCUUCUUGCUCUGAUUCUUUGGCUGAUGAUUCGUAAAAAAAGAUCCGCUGUCAGAAGAGCGACUGAUGACUUUGUGGAACUGUCAUCCAGAGCUGGGAACAACUCAUUGUUUUGUGAGUCACAAGUAAAUCUUGAGUCUUUGCAUUCAAGUCCAGAGUCAAGACGGACAAGUCCAAGUCGAGAUGAGCAGACAGAUGAUGUGACUUAUACUGAAGUUACUGUGGUCAGUAAAAACAGAGCCAAAAAGAACAAGGUUUGCUGUGAUGAUAAAGUGACUUACGCUUCCAUCGGAGGAGCAAAAGCUGAAGACUGCAGUAAACUUUACGCUUCUGUGAACAAGAACCAUCACAAAUCAGGAAAAUAAUCAUAAGAUAAUCCCACCAGCAGAGCAAUAUGAGCCUUAAAUAGCUGACUCUUAAUGGUUUUAUUCAGUGCCAUUAU